CUGCCCUUCGACCACACGCGGGUGGUGCUGAACGACGGCGACUCCAACGAGCCGGGCUCCGACUACAUCAACGCCAAUAUCAUCAUGGUAGUAUCUGCCGCCAUGCCGGAGCUGGACUUGAAGUGCAACAGCGCCAAGCUGAAGAAGAGAUACAUCGCCACUCAAGGCUGCCUGCAGAACACCAUCAGCGACUUCUGGCGAAUGGUGUUCCAGGAAAACUCCCGGGUCAUCGUCAUGACAACCAAAGAGGUGGAAAGAGGGAAGAGUAAGUGUGUGAAGUACUGGCCCGACGCGUCGGCGCUGAAGGAGUACGGCGCCAUGCGCGUCCGCAACGUCAAGGAGACGUCGGCCCACGACUACAUCCUGCGAGAGCUGAAGCUGUCCAAAGUGGGGCAGGGCAACACGGAGCGCACGGUGUGGCAGUACCACUUCAGGGCCUGGCCGGACCACGGCGUCCCCACCGACCCGGGCGGCGUGCUGGACUUCUUGGAGGAGGUCAACCUGAAGCAGGAGAGCAUUCUGGACGCGGGGCCGAUAGCGGUCCACUGCAGUGCAGGGAUCGGCCGGACGGGGACCUUCAUCGUCAUCGACAUGCUGAUCGACGUGAUCAGGGAAAAAGGGGUGGACUGUGACAUCGACGUGCCAAAGACCAUCCAGAUGGUGCGCUCCCAGCGCUCCGGCAUGGUGCAGACGGAGGCCCAGUACCGCUUCAUCUACAUGGCCGUGCAGCACUACAUCGAGACGCUGCAGCGCCGCAUAGAGGAGGAGCAGAAAAGCAAGAUUAAAGGCCGCGAGUACACCAACAUUAAGUACUCUUUGUCCGACCUGACGGGCGGAGAGCAGAGCCCCCUGCCGCCCUGCACCCCCAUCCCCACCCCCGUCUGCGCAGAGAUGAGGGACGACAGCUCCAGAGUGUAUGAGAACGUGGGUCUGAUGCAGCAGCAGAAGAGCUUCAGAUGA